AGAAACCAUUUUGUGUUUCUAUUUAACCUACAACAACAUGAGCGCCAAGCCCAAACCGCCCAACAAGGCCCGACGCGCGCUGCUCCGUAUUCGCGGCUACGUGGCUUCUCAUAGCCUCUCGCUAUGCUGGGGAACAUACGUGCUGGGACUUAUUUGGCUGUUACUGCAUCCUGCCAUCACCAUCACUACCGGCGAAUUGAAGUGCCGUGGGACGUACAUGUCCGAGAACGCGCUACUGAUCGACCUCAUGGAGGCACGAGCGAGUCAUCAAGAGGCUCAUUCGGCUCGAAAAUUCCACCAAAACCUGCUAAACCUGCCAGACUUGCCCCCCAGUGGCUGCGGUGACAACUGCUCACACGUCGUCGACUGGAUCGACUCACAACUCCGCAGUCUGGACCGUGUCGAAGCCUACAGCCAAGUAUUUAAGACAGGUGAAGCAUCAACGCCACGUAGGAACGUGUAUGGCAUCCUGAGGGCCUCCCCGCUGGCUGAUGGCAAGGAAGCAAUUGUGCUUGUCACACACUACCGUAAUAUCGGUACAGAUAGCGGUGAGAACUCCGGGUUAUCGUUGGGACUGGCCUUGUUAAAGUACCUUUCAAGGGCGAAAUGGCUGGCUAAAGACGUGAUUCUUCUCGCUGCAGACGAUGGAGUUUUAGAUGGAAGUGACGGGUAUGCUCCUGGUACUGAAGCCUGGUUGCAAGCGUACCAUCUAGAUCCAGUAGACAGCGGCUUACAGGGUGUUCUACCUAUGAGAGCUGGUGUUAUCCGUGCCGCAGUCAAACUGGAGACGCUGUACAACUCACGUCACGUGGAUUCGGUCGGGAUUUACACGGCUGGGAUGAAUGGCCAGCUGCCAAACUUGGAUCUUGUCAACACAGCCGUGCGCGCGUUCCGUCAGCACCAGAUUCCUACGAUUCUGGAUCGUGCUGAUGUCCAGGAAGACGGCGAACAUAAGAGCUAUGUUUCAAGAGUUCUAGGGUCCAUCUCGAGCUUGAACGAGCAGUAUACACCGCCGGAGCUCAAGGAAAAGGCUCGAAACUACCUGACGAACCUCAAGGGAAUGCUGCACUUUAUGACGACGUUGGCGACGGGGCCUUCGGGCACUCACGCCAACUUUAUCAGCUACAAUAUCGACAGUAUCACGCUGUCGCUUACAAAGAGUCAAACCUCAGUUGGACGUCCACUGGCCUCGCGUGAUAUACUGCGGUCGAUUGAGAUGGUGGUUCGAGCACUCAGCAAUCUGGAAGAGAAGCUGCAUCAGUCGUUUUUCCUCUAUGUUCUGCCCAGCACGUCGACUUUUGUGUCAGUGGGUGAGUACAUUUACGCCGUGCUUCUGGUAAUCUCGCCGGCGAUCGCGCAUUUGCUCUUCUUGGCGAAUCAAACUACUGGGAUGCGUGUUGCGCUCGCGCUGACUGUUAUUGUCGUGGUUGAAACGCUUUGUGUGCUUCUUCUGGUUGGAAUCUGCAAGUAUUUCGCCACUCCUACUGCGUUGUUGCAUACGUUUAGCUCAAGUAACAUGUCUGCUACAAGGUGGUUUGUACUGGCAAUUGCAGUUUCCGUGAUGCAAGUUUUGAUUCUACUGGUGGUGAUGCCUGCUCUGCGUUCUGUGACGGGCUUUGCUGGCUGCGUGGAGAUUUACGACUGGAGGAGGAGAGUUACGGCGUACGAAGCUGAAGAGCAGAAGCUAUUACAAGACUCUGAGAAGGCAACUGACAAGGCUGUCGUUGAUACCAAGCCGAAUGCCAUCCCGACGCUGGAUUCAGGCUGGCAAGGCAUCAAAUUCAUUACUAUGGCGGUGAUUGUAUACGCACACUGCAUUAUGAGCAUCUUGAAUUAUCCGAUGGCUCUCUUCUGCGCCAUCCCGAUGGCCCAUUUCGCCCGCGUGAUCCCUUUUGGCACUGCAACAUUGCCCAAGAAUGUUUGGAAUGGGUUGUGGCUCUUUUUGUCAUCGCCAUUGGUUCUCUUCGUUUUGCUGAAGUGGAGUCGUCUAGAUGUGACUGCUGGUUUAUCGUACGCUGUGGACAGCUUUGUUCAGAGGAUCAACUUGCUAGCUCUGGCGUAUAUUUGCUGCAUCUACAUCUCCGUCCACACUUUGUCACUUGUGGUUUGGACGUAUCCAAGCGUCGGGCAUUUAGAUAAAAAACAAAAGCUGGAGUGAGGAAAACGAGGAAGGUCUACGUAACCAAUGACUAUUCCCCCCUGUUUUGUCGCGAUUCUCACUGGAAUGAGGCAGAUUUUAUUAAAAUAUUGGCUUGACGUUUCCUUCUGAGAUUUAUCUUACAAAUGAAAAAUUUGUGCAAUAUUCGCCGUGG